AUGGCCGGGGGCAGCGGCCAUGCGAAGGGUACUUUGCACGUGUACGUCGCUUAUUUCGACCCGGGCAAUGAGGAUUCCAAGGUUGCUCUCGUGAGGAAGUUCGUCGAGAAAACACGCCCUGCAGUUCACAGCAUCAUAACAGGCGAUUUCAAUUUCGUUUGUUCUUGCACCGACAGAUACGUCAAGGCUACCGUACAUGGUCGACUGCAGACCGGCAUGUCGCUGAGGUGGUUGGAUGGAUGGCGCGGGAUCUUAUCUACCAGUCUCUCCGACCUCACACCGACGAUUGAGGACGUGGACGCGGUGCUGGCCGACCUUCCUUCUUCGGCGCCCGGGCCCGAUGGGGUGCCUUUUGUGGUAUUCGGCAUCGCGCGCGCGGUUCUUGCACCGCUGUUUUACGACAUCGUGUUGGGAAUGUUACGGGGCAGUGCCGUUCCUCCCGAGGACUUCAAUUAUGCUUUUCUGAUUUGCUUACCCAAGGGUUCUGGCUCGGCGGUCCCAGACGGCACAGAAUGCUUCGAGGCCGGCAACACCAGACCCCUGUCUAUUGUGGACGCCAGCAACCGUAUCAUCGCCUCCAUUUUCCGGGUAGUCUUGGACCGCUUUGUGGCUCCACGGGUUUCGCCGACGCAGCGCGGUUUCAUCCGAGGGCGUCAUAUGCUCCGCAAUGUCUUGGACAUCGAUUUUGCGGCGCAGAAGAUUUCAGUCACUUCCAAUAAGGGCGCGAUUCUCUUUUUCGACUUCCAGGCUGCAUUCCCGAGCAUCGAUCACACAUUCAUGCGGGAGGUGUUGUCUGCAGUUGGCUUACCCAUGGAGUUCGUUAACAUGCUCAAAAUGUUUGACAACGAUAACAAACACAAGAUCAAAGUAUGUUCGCAGUAUUUCAGCAGCAUGACUGUCAGGAGCGGCGUUCGGCAGGGAUGCCCGCUAUCGCCACUGUUGUUCGCAAUGUGUGCUGACGUUCUUCUCCGUGAACUUUCGAUGCACAUAUCGGGGCACGAAGUGGCGAGGGCGUUUGCCGAUGACACCGCGGCAGCAGUUCGCGACUAUGGGAUAUCGAUACCAGUGAUUGCAAAGCUGUUUACAGAAUUUGAGUCGACUUCCUGCCUCGCGUUCAACAUCAAGAAAACGGUGUUCAUCCCGUUGUGGAAGUACGCAUCUGAGUCCAACGUCAGAGCCCUAAUCCGGGAGUCAGCGCCGGCUUGGCGCGACAUCGCGGUGUGUUCAGCGGGCAAAUACUUUGGAUUUUGGAUUGGACCUGGUGCCGGCCUCAAGUCGUGGGAGAAGCCGGCUUCGGGCGCCAACUUCAUCGACUGCCUCGAGCGCUUCGUCAACGACCCCGAGACGGAGGGCAUCAUCAUGAUCG